AUGGGGGAGCCACGGACGUCGCUAUGGUCCCGACUGGUGGUGUUCUACUCCGUGAACAAGAGGGAUCAGCUCAACGCAAAGGUGAUGGCCGAGAUCGUGGCCAAGUACGGCUCGAAGGAGAAGGAGCUGUCCGCCCGCCUGCUCAAGAAGUACAGCCGGCCGCUCCCUCCGUCGGUCGCCUCGCAAGACCUGCGGCGAGUGUUGCUCGAGUUCGGCAUGGAAGACGAGGACCUUGCCAGAGGGAAACCGUCCGACCCUGACCGGAGGGCAUCGCCACUAUCGCCGACAGGAGCGAUGUCCACGGCGGCAGCUGGAGCGGGUACUGCAGGGACCGGGGUAGCGGGACGGGAGCCUACCGCCAGGGAUAACGAAAAGUUAGGGCGAGGGGAGGGGGCGGGGAGCUCGCCGAAAGGGGACGAGCUGAACUUCCGGUCCAAGUUUUUCGACCCGCUUCAGGCCCUACUGCACAAGACGCUCCGCCCGCCGUUUCCGAAAGAACCCGCCCUCGACAACCUCGCCAAGUUCUACCGCAUGCUGCCAAAACCUCACGCCAGCACCGGUCCGACUGCUACCGCCGGAGGUGCUACGGCAACAGAAGCAGGCGCUACCGCUGCUGUCGUCGGAGGUGCAGCAGAUUCCAGGAGCGGCGUUGAUUAUUUCGGUGCCGGUCCCCGAAGCGGCGGGGCCGGCGUAAUACCACCACCCAACGCAGCAGGCUCGCCCCGUGGUUCUCACCAGGCACGAGAGACGUGGCCCACUUCCGGCGGCGGGAGAGUUCGGUACAGUCCGCUGGUCAGAUCUGCUGCAGACAUGGAGAGGGCGGACAAGGACAUGGCCUCGCGGCGCCGGCUGGCCGAGGGGGCUCUCGCUGGGGAUGCGGAGGCCGACCCCGCCGACUUCGCCGAGGAACGAUUCAACCCGGUCAAGCGGAUUGUUCAGGAGUACGCCGGAUCCGGCCCGUACAGCCUGCUGUACCGCCUACACGAGGAGAACAGACGAGCCAGCGUCAUGAUACGGAGGGUGAACAGCAUCCGUGGCACCUGUACCGGGCUGAUAAGAGCGUUCGACAGGCACAUGAACCUGCUGCUGGUCGACGUGCGGGAGAACUACACCGCCUUCGUUCCCGCCCGCGGGCCGCGGCCGCCCCCCAAGCAGCCUUCGCCGAAGCCUGCGGAGGAGGAGGACCCGAUCGAUCGCGACGCAGCGGCAGCGUCCAAGGUCACUGGCUUCGAAGGUCUUGGCGGAGGUGGGUCGGGGGACGGGGGUUACGCGGGAGCCGGUGGGGUGGCGGGGUCGCGUGAUGCACGGGGCCCCGAGGGCCUCGGCAAGGUAACGGGCGGAGCUGGUGGUGCUGGAGCGGCCGACGACGAGAAGUUUGUCGGCAUUUCUCCAGCCGAUGGCUCCGAACAAAGAGCUGCAACGGCCUGGAGCGUGACAGGUACUGGUGGCUUCAAAGGUGGAAGAAUAAGAGGAGAGGUUGCCGGCGACGCCGGCGGGAGGAGCGAAAGAAUCGAUCCUAGAGAUCGAAGGAUGCCUGUAGCGGCAGUCGCGGCGGCAUCUGGAGCGGCGACCGAGGAGGCGUGUUCGGACGAGACGAGGGAGGGCGGGGCUCGAACGGCGACGAGAACGAAAUUGUUGCCCCAGGAAUGGGGAGUCACCCCCGAACGGGAGGAGAAGGACCCUACUAGAAGAACACCAGACGCCGAAGAGCAACGCCCCCGUCCUCCUCUUCCUCCUGCGGGGAGACAAGGGGGUGACGUCAACAGGGGGGAAGGCCGGGGGGGUGGGGCUACGGGCGAAAUACCCGCCGCGGAGGUGAGGAAGAAGAAGUCCACCAGACGAUCGCGUUCGAAAGGGCCUUGGACAGGCGAGCGGAAGCCGGUGGCGCGACGAAGAUACUUGAAGCAGCUCUUGAUUCGAGGGGAUAACGUGGUUAUGAUUUGGGAAGCCCCCAAAUCGUAAGAGCAUUGCCGUCACCACGUGUUUUUUUUUGGAGGGGCAAGGUUUAUCGCCACCGUGUUCAGAUGGUACGCGGUCUUAUUUUUCGCAACCCAGCCGAGUGUGAUUUUUUGUGGCAUACGGUAGGCACGAGCACAUCCAACGUAUGCGUAGCAACCCUUGCCGAGGUGAGUCGCUUCGCCACCUUCGCCGACUUCAAGAUGCUGCCCCCAACUGGGUUAUCCGACAUCGGUCGCUCAACGUGCAGUCCUCCAGAGUCUCAAGCCUGCAUUCCUCCCUUCUUCCUGACGGUCCCCCUCAUAACAUUUUCCCUCACACUACAACAACCACGACCCCAAGCCAAGAAAUGGUACUGGUGAACAAAACCGUUCUAUCGCCGCCUCAACCCCUGUCUUCCUUCAUCUCGCCAAAACCAUACUGCACGCGUUCGGGCGAAUACAGAGCGUGGUCGAACCCGCGUCCUAACCCAUCCGUCCAGUUCCGAACUGGUCAAGCCCAGCAACAAUCCACAAGGCGCUGUGCGCAACGGUUUCCUACCGUGCCUUGGUCUCAUCUUUCCUAUGACUCUCACUCCUGUGUCAUGACAGGUCAAUAAUCCUCAACAAAUUUGUCAAAAAACAAUCCUUCUCCCUGAUCCUUCCAAAACUAUCGGGCGUUCAAUAUUAGAAACAACCAAUUAAACGAAAUGUUGCCGCCGCCACCGCCGCUGCCGGAGGCGCAAGGUGUACCCGAAAUCGAGGGAACGGUUGGAAACAUGCCCUCUCCGUAUUCUCAUCCUCCUGGCAUACGCUGGAAACGGGGACAAAUAUGUCGACAAACUCCCGACCCAUCCCCUACCCCCUCUCUCCGAGAAAUAAGCAUUCCUUGGUGAGGUUUUCCAAGUCGGCAAAAAAGUACUCUUGCGCCGAUUCUCGCCGAGAAUGACCCCCUCAACAACACUGCCAGGGCUUAUUCACCAUCAGCCGCCAUGACAGCUGGUUCGA